UUAGUCCUAAUAAGGGUCCAUUAUACAUUAAUCAGUGCCGUGAUUCCUCAUCUUAUUGCAUUAACUAUCCUAUAUGCAACUUUUUCAAUAUAGUCCCUACUUCAAUCACCUCAAUCUCAUCUUUGUUUCAGAACUUGAUGGAUCAUGGAUGAACUUAACUCAGUUGUUUGUGGGAUAAACGUUUUUCAUUCCUUCUUUCCUACCAAUUUUCAGCUCUUGCCCACAAAAAUUGCUUAUGGGUUGCCAGGGUUGGAAUAAAUGAAGUUUCAACUUAAACUUGCAGCUGUUCUUGCUAUUAGCUUGCUAUGGAUUCAGCACUCAUUUUGUGGAUUACCUUCUGAGACUUACCUAAACAAGUGGAAAUGUAGAUGUUCUUCUUUCCAAAGGAACCAUAUAUACUCUCUUUCUAAUUGUUCUCACUCAUGUGAUUGCCAUUCAGAUGCUGAAGAUAGUGAAUCCUCAUGGACAUGCAUAUGUGAUACCAAUGGAUUCCCUAAAGUGGCAGCAGGUGGCCAUAGCUCUAGUUGCUUUAAAUCCUGCAACUGCACCUGGGGAAGCAAAAGCGUUGCAUUAGGUUCAAAGAAACACAUUUCAACAAGGACUGUGAUAGUAGUUGUGCUUUUAAUAUGUGUUGUAUGCAGCACUCUUGCAUUUAUUGCCUCAGUUCUAUACUAUGUCUGCAAAAGAGACAGCUGUUCAAUUCAAUCACCAAUGGUUUUAUCAGAUAAAGAAAUAAGUUACAAUAGUACCUCCAACUUAAUUAGUCAUAGAACAUUUUCAGUUCCAGAAACAAAAGCUGCUAUUCAUUUUCCAGUGAGUCAUAUUGCAGGAUGCUUUCAGAAGGCCUCUUUCUUGUUUGGGAGCCAUAGAGAAACUUUUCAUGGAAGUAUCAUUCGAUUUUCGUUCUCUGAGCUGGAAAAUGCCACUGGAAACUUCUCAACUUCCAACAUAAUUGGACUUGGUGGAUGUAGUUAUGUAUACCGCGGACGACUUAAAGAUGGAAGUAACGUGGCAGUUAAGCGAUUAAAAGAUGAAGGAGGACCUGAAGCAGACACUGAAUUUUUCACUGAGAUUGAACUAUUGUCUAGGCUUCAUCAUUGUCAUCUGGUGCCAUUGCUUGGAUACUGCUCAGAAUUAAAAGGGAAAAAUGUUCAUAGGUUACUAGUGUUUGAGUACAUGCCUAAUGGGAAUUUGAGGGACCGUUUGGAUGGAGUUUUUGGAAAGAACAUGGGUUGGUCUACUCGGGUAAAUAUCGCAUUGGGAGCUGCCAGGGGUUUGGAGUAUCUCCAUGAAGCAGCUGCUCCAAGAAUUCUGCAUAGAGAUGUCAAAUCAACCAACAUUCUUCUUGAUGAAAAUUGGCAUGCAAAAAUAACUGAUCUUGGUAUGGCUAAAAACUUGAUAGCUGAUGACAUACUCAGUUGUCCUGGCUCUCCAGAGAGAAUGCAGGGCACAUUCGGGUAUUUCGCACCCGAGUAUGCAAUUGUUGGGAGAGCUUCUCUUGAAUCUGAUGUAUUUAGUUUUGGUGUGGUUCUUCUUGAGCUUAUCAGUGGCCAGCAACCAAUCCUUAGAUCAGCAGGCAGAGAAGAAAGCCUUGUUAUAUGGGCCACUCCUCUCUUGCAAGAUAGCAGGAGACUAAUCACAGAGUUGAUCGAUCCGCGAUUGAAAGGAAACUUCCCAGAAGAAGAGGUGAAGGUAAUGGCAUACUUAGCAAAAGAGUGUUUGCUGUUGGAUCCUGACACAAGACCAACCAUGAGUGAGGUUGUUCAAAUUCUUUCAAGUAUUUCCCCAGGAAAAUCUAGAAGAAGAAUAAGCAUUCCACUUAGCCUUUUUCAGGAAUCAGAGGAUGCAGAGAAGGCAAGGCAAGCUUCUUCGUCGGCCAGAUUCGCUUAUUGUAAUUUCAUGUCACAAGAUACUGAAAACAAUCUUCAUGUUGUUGGGAAUGAAAAUGAAAAUGUAGAUGCAUUUUCAACUGAGUAUAUGGAGAGUUUGAUCCUCUUGACUUCAAAAAUUCCUGAGAGCUGGCAUGCAUCAGAAGAGGAAAUGGUAGACCUAACUGAACCGCGGUUCGAAUCGUUUUCCUUGAUGACAUUAACAUAGAAAGGUUCAGAAUGCUGAAGACUGAAGAAUGUAGAAGGGUGCUGAUCUAAAUUCAUUCACUUUCCUUUGUAAUGUAGAGCACAUAAGAGUUGUUUAUAGCUAAGAACUUUGAAUAUGUUCCUUGUAUUCUUGUACAGAAAAGAUAAGCAUAGGUAAUUGUGAUUCCAGUUCUACUUUAUUUGUAGAAGAAUUGGAUGUGAUGAACUUGUAACAAUCAGCAUUCAGCAAUAGAAAUAAGCAUUUUGCA